AUGUUCGCAGCUUAUGAUAAUACGGUCAUCAAGUCUGGGGAAGGCAUCGAAAUUGAUGAAAUCCACGCCCUUCGCCUCGCAAGAGAGCAUCAACUUCCCGUACCUGAAGUUUAUGAGGCUCACCCGCUGCCAAACAGGGGAGCCAGUAUCAAUAUGAGCUAUAUGCCUGGAGAGACUUUGGAAAAAGUUUGGCCGACUAUGACUCCUGAUCAGAAGCACGAUAUUGCGCUUCAGCUGCGCGCUAUUGUUGACAAGAUGCGCUCCAUCCCAUCGGAUGAUAACAUCUUCUGCUCAUGCAGUGGUGGCAUGCUUUAA